UUUGUUAACACCCUCGUUGAAAUGCUUUCUUUCUCUUACUAUGUGCUCUUCUGCAAUAAAUCAUCUCCAAACGUAAGGAAACGUACAAAAUAUGUACCAUUUACAUCAAAUGUAUGCGACUGUUUGCCCGGUGUAGAUGACCUGACAGAGUGUCAAUGUCAUCUCCCUGAUCUGACUGGCGACGACAUCCUACUUACGAGCCACAUGAGGGAGUGCCAGUCUUGUCAGCGCGUGGUCACACCCUACCUCUUCCACAUCAAAACGUGCCACAAAAUCAACUGUGAGCGCUGCGCCCACGUGCGACGGUUGUACUGUGGACACGUGUUUACGUGUGACAAGGAGGAGUGUGACGUCACAGGGUGUGUGGAGACGAGAGAGGACAUCCGGGGCAGCCAGCUGAGUCCUGAGGACCUCCAGAACGACAAACAGUUUAAGGACAAGAUCUCAGCCCGUCUAAGAAAGAGCACAAGCCCUACUGAGUGUGGAGGGAUCUUCCGUGCAUUCCAGCAGGCCGAAUACUGGGCAGUUGCAGUGGGACCGGUUAACCUCCAUCGGCACCAGGUCAACAACAGGCUGCUACAGAUGUGCUGUCGCAUCCUACCCCACACAGUAUCGCUCGCUGAGCAAGCGUUCAUCGCCUGCCUCAGUCAUAGCGAUGGGGGUGGCUGGAAUGAAGAUUCCAUCGAUCACGUGAACACCACGUGCACGGCCCGUGAGAUGGGCCCAACGGACACAGCGGUCAUCAACCCACACCCUUACACUUUCCUCAUCAACAACCCCGGGAAGUGCGGCGGUAGUGAAGUAUUUCUGCUCAUCAUUGUCACAUCCUCGCCGGAGAACUACGCGCAGAGGUCUGCCGUACGCCAAACGUGGGGUAACGAGACCAACGUGCCGGGCACUGUCAUCAAAACUGUGUUCGCGGUGGGCAAACCGGGCAACGCUUCCACACAGCGUGGCCUCGAGUACGAAAACAAAGUCCACAAGGACAUUAUCCAAGAGGACUUCGUCGACUCGUAUAAAAACUUGACGCUGAAAACCGUCAUGUGUAUGAGGUGGGCCUCAGAGUUCUGUCCCUGCGCCAAGUUCGUUAUGAAAGCAGACGACGAUACCUUGGUGAACAUUUUUAAGUUAGUAAGACUUCUUAGAACCAAGGUGCCCAAGAAGUUUGUGACAGGGCAUGUUUACAGCGGAGCCCGGCCGGAUAGGAACGCAGAUGUCCGUUGGUACGUGGGCAAGGAAGAGUAUCCCAGAGAAACCUUCCCGAAAUACCCCAGUGGAUUCGCGUACGUUAUGUCUUAUGACGUCACGGGCCUUAUCUACCAGGUGUCCUUGACCUUGAAGUACCUAUUUCUCGAAGACGUGUUCUUGGGACUUUGUUUAGAACGACUAAAGGUCGAGCCUGUGUACGACGGUCGCUUCUACCCCUGGGGAUGGGCGCCUUGCCAAGCGCCAUUUAAUAACAGGAUCGCUUCUCAUUUGUUAAAAACUCAUGACGCUAUGAUCAGUGCGUGGCAUGACGCCAUCAGUUGCUAGGCAAUGCUAUAAGACCGUCUUUUUUGACGUCAAGAAUCGAUGUGCCUGAGUAAUAUU